GAACUGUUGCUAAUAUAUUCAACAGCGGAGCAAGCGAUCUUUUGCAUGUCAAGCUGAGUUCAUCUAGAAAGAUUCCAGACCAGACAGAAAAAACUGGGGAAGGUGAUUCUGGCCCAUUAGUUUGGGUUCCAUUUGUUGAAGAAAUUGUCCCAACUGUCAUAUGGAAAAAAGAGAAAUGUUGAUUACACCACCAAAGGGGCUCCUGGAGUUAAAUAUUCGCUCUGAUAUGAGGAGCAAGAAAGAAAGGCGUGAGCUGGAAUGGAAAGAGAGGAAAAAAUUCCAAAGACGCUUGAUAGCAGCCAAAAAGAAACUAUGUGAAGUGGAACAGCAACACGUGUUUCAUGGUUUUAGAUAUGGAGAAAAGGACCAGAGGAGCUCACUUGCGAAUGAAAUAGUAACUGUAAAUUCAAAAUUGCUACGACAGGCUCUGGAAAAUAUUGGAAUCCCGUCAACAAGGCUGGAUUUACACCAAAUUUUGGCCACGGUGCCAAGAUCAAACAGACUGAAGGUACCUGAUAAUCCUAGUUCAAAUGGUACAGGAGUACUGCCUGAUCCAUAUAGCACACUACAAAGAGCAGGAUGUGAAAUGAUUUCUAAUGGGAAAGUUGCAAUAGUUUUGAUAUUGGAGGACAUUGAGGGGACUGAAGGGACUUCCAACAACAAUCUUGUUGAUUCUGAGGGAAAUGAAAGUGCGAAUCCCCUUUUAAAAGCAUUGCUAGAUGAUAACUCAAGAUUUCCUAAGAUCGAAGACCGCUCAGCUGUGCCUCUGCUAUUGGUGGGUUCUACUGGUUCAAUCAGUUAUUGCCAAGAGUUUUUUUCAGACCAUGACUACUUUGCAUUUGACCCCCAGAAGGUCUGGUUUCUGGAAGAAGAAAAGCUUCCUCUUGUUAGUAGCUCAGUUGCAGAAGAUGGCAAGCAUAAAAUCCUAAUGAAGUCACCAUGGGAGUUUCUCCAGAGACCAAUCGGAUCUGCAGGCGUGAUCAGCCUGCUUUCGUCCCAGGACUCGUUACUAGAUGAACUAGGCGAACUGGGUGUGGAGUACGUCCAAGUCCGCAAGAUCAACCAAGAACACAAGAGCGACCACGCCCUAGCCGGCCUUGUUGAUUCGUGCAAAGCAAAUGUGGGGCUGCAGGUCUUCAAAGACAUGGCAUCGGAAGAGAAUUUAGAUGUGAUGCUGUCCAUGAGCUUCUUGAGGAAGUUGGUGAAACAGGUAAACAAGCUGCAGUUUGAAGGCGUUGAGGGCUGCAAUUCAUAUGUGGAGAAAGUUGAGAAAGAUUGGGUCGAUGUUGCACCAACUGCUCCCAAUUCUUAUGAGUUUCGCUCUUCAAUAUUUUGGUGCUUGGAUGCUGCUACUAAAAACAAAAUUUGUGUCUUGUAUCCAUCUGAUUACUAGUUUUGUAAUAGCAGUUACAACAGUUUAGGGGAUUUUAUCCAAAAUA